AUGAUAAUUUAUUACAAUAAUUGUUAUUAUGUAGAUCAAUUAAGUAAAUAAUAAUUAUAAACUUUAGUCAUUUCAAACUAUACUCAGGCAAGACGAAUCUUUAACGUUGAUGUUAAAGGAAGAAUGUUUUAAGGUUGCAUUUUAAUAGAUUGGUGUUUGUAUUUGUAAUAUUUUUUAGAGAAAAUUCUAAUUAAGAUACGAAUUAUAUUAUUUCGUCAUAUUUAAUGUAUAAAAGAUGAUAAAGAUGGAUGA